UUAAGAUGGACAUGCAUGAUGCAGACACACACAAAAAAAAAUAUAUAUAUAUAUUAUCAGAGGGGUGUGAAAAGUAGUGUCAAUAUAGCCUUGACACUUAUUUGGGACAUCAUUGAAUACUUGAGAGAUCUUAUUCUUUGGAUAACAGGGAUGUGGCUGUUUAAAUCAACUACACCACCUAUCCCUACUGCAGUUUUUGAAAAGGAAUGGAGGAUCACACCCUGGGGUCAGAAAGAGGUAAUACUGCAGAGAUUGAAAGACUAUGUUCCCGGAAACCCUGAAAUUAAGAGUAUCCGAGUCUUCCUCCAUGGACCAGUCGGAGCGGGCAAGUCCAGCCUUAUCAACUUCAUCAACAGUGUCUUUCAGGGUCACACUACCAGCAUUGCACUAGCUGACAGUGCUAUUGCAGGUGAAAGCUUCACCAAAAAAUACCAAACCCACAAAAUUGGAAAAGGGAAACAUGGAAUCUACUACCCCAUUGUCUUCAAUGAUGUCAUGGGUCUGGAGGAAAGCAGUGGCAAAGGUGUGCAUAAGGAUGACAUCAUCAACGCCCUAAAGGGCCAUGUAAAAGAGGGUCACAAGUUUAAUCCCGUGUCACCAUUAACAGAAGAGGAUCCUGGCUACAUAAAGAUCCCCAGUUCAGAAGACAGAGUUCACUGUCUGGUCAUUGUCAUGCCAGCUGAUAAAAUGGCUUUCUUGAGAGAAGGUGUUAUCCAGAAGAUGAGGGACGUCAGACUAGCUGCCGCUGAUAUGGGGAUUCCACAAAUGGUUAUUCUCACCAGAGUGGAUGAAGCCUGUCCAUUGGUGAAGAAAGACCUGAAAAACAUCUAUCUGAGCAAGUACAUAAAGGAGAAGAUGGAGCAGUGCAGUGCCAAACUGGGAGUACCAGUGAACUGCAUCCUGCCGGUGAAGAACUACCAUGAGGAAAUUGACUUGAAUGAAGACAUGGAUGUGCUGCUAUUGAGAGCACUGAGGCAGAUGGUGGACUUUGCAGAUGACUUCAUCAAAAAUAUCCCUCUCAAAAUAACCCCACAAGGUAACUGAGGAUGCAUGUAGAUUAGGGCUGACCCCAUUUAGUCGACUGGUCGAUUAAUUGGUCGAUAUGCUAUUGGUCGUCGAAUUGUUUAGUCCAGCUGUUUUUUUUUAUGGCAUGUCUUGAUUGACGCCUGUCUCAGUGGACUAAUCUAUUGCAGAGGCCGUGGGGAUGUCACACCAGUAUCACUAGUAGUACAUUUACCAUUAAUUCCCAGAAUUUCUAAUCUACAUUGUUUUUUUGGUGACUGUAAUUUCUGUUAAUGUAUUCAAUAUAUUAUUAUUAGUCUUUUACAGUUCUCAUUGUUGAGCGGACACAUUAUUUGUCAUAAAAUAGAUCUACCUGAUUACUUCUUAUUCCUUGUGCAAAUAGCCUACAGCUGUGUCUGUCCAGAGCUCACUGGUGCCGGAAACUCUGAGGGUCCAGAAUAUUUUAUACAAUGUUUUCAUUUGUUGGCUUUAGUUAUUUUACAUAAUUGGGAAUGGCAAUAGAAGUUACUUAAAAAUUUGAAUACUUUUCAUUUAGAUUUAGAUAUCAUUUUAAUUAAUCACAUGACAAUGAUUACGAUAUGACGACUUUAUUAAUAAAACAAAUUAAACUGUUCCACGAAAAUGUGCAUAUUAAAAUCAUAACUGGCACGCAGAUUGGUAGAAAUGGUAAGAUAAACUGGCACUCCAAAUGGAAAAGGUUGCCGACCCCCUGGUGAAGCACAUUACCGACAACGGAGCAUAAUGGCAGAAUCUGCAAAGGCCAGCAGCAGUGGGAGGAGGUGGUUCGGGAACAGGUUUUCACUUUGUAACACAAUAAAAUGUGAAGAAAUCCAAGGGAUAUGAUUACUUUUUCAAGGCACUGUAUAUAAAUCAUUGUCUCAGA